AUUUUUUUCAAAAUUGAAUUGGAUUUAUAUUUUUUUUAAGUUAUACAUCAAAUUCUAAAUGUCUUUGAAGGAUUUUUAAUUACUCUCAAAAUUAGGUAUUCAUUAAAUAAACUAACAAUUGAUAGGGGAAGGCGCAUACUCUUCUGUUUACAGAGUAAAACGAUUGGAAGAUGGUUAUGAAUAUGCUUUAAAGAAAGUAAAAUUGCAAAACUUGAAUGAUAAAGAGAAGUAAAAUGCAAUGAAUGAGGUUCGCCUUUUAGCAUCUGUAAAGCAUCCAAAUAUAAUUUGUUAUAAAGAAGCCUUUAUUGAUAUACAGAGUAAUUCAUUAUAGUAUACUAAAAUUUGAUUAUAUUAGUAUAGUGAUGGAAUUUGCUAAUCGGAAUGACUUGUAUCAAAAGAUUGUGAAUAGUAAAAAGAACAACAAGCAACUUGAUGAGUAAUCUAUUUGGAAUAUUUUUAUCUAAAUAGUAAGAGCUUUGAAAGCAUUACAUGAAUUAAAAUCUUACAUAGAGAUAUAAAAGUAUAGAUUUUUAUCAUAAUAAGAGUGCCAAUGUAUUUUUAUCUUAAAAUGGAGAUGUGAAAUUGGGAGAUAUGAAUGUUUCAAAAGUGGUUAAGAAAGGUUUACUUUAUACUUAGACUGGAACUCCUUUCUAUGCAAGAUCAGAGGUGUGGAAAGAUCAACCUUAUGAUUAAAAAUCAGAUAUUUGGAGUUUAGGAUGUGUGAUCUAUGAAAUGGCAGCUUUAAAGCCACCCUUUUAAGCAGAAGACAUGUAGGGCUUAUAUAAACGAGUCAUUCGUGGAUACUAUCCUAGAAUACCUCAACAAUAUACUUAGGGUCUCACAAAUGCUAUAAGAUAAAUGUUGUAGGUGCAACCAAAUCUAAGGCCCAAUUGUGAUAAACUCUUACAAUAUCCUUCAAUAUUAAAGAGGUAAGAUGAAAUAUUACAACUUGAACAAAUAAGCAAUGAACCUAAUACAUUAUUGUUAACAAUAAAAUUUCCCAAAAGCUACCAUUAUUUUACAUCUAUGUUACCAAAAGCUUGUUAUGAUUUCGUUAAUAGAAGGCAAAUUAAAUCUCUUCAUUCAUAAUAAGUUAGCCCAAAUCCUAGAUCGAUAAUAAGUGUAAAUGGAAAUUAUGAAGAUGUAACUAGUUAAAAAUCAAUUCAUAAAUAAUGUGUUAAUAAACCCUAAAAAGAAUUUAAGAUGAUAUUGGAUUAGCACUAAAAAGUAUGAAAAACUGCAUUUUAUAGCAAAUUCGAAAACCAAAAAUGAAAAUUAGACACUAUAGACACUAAAGUUAAGAAGAAGUUAGUUUAUUAGAAAUAAUAACCAAAAAUAAUAAAAAAUCUCAUUAGAAAAUAACAAGUUACCA